GUUCAAAAAAUUUCAAUCAAAAAAUUCCCGUUGUACUAAAAGUCACCCAGUUACCCAAAUGACCUCAAUACGAUCUGCCCUCUUUCACGUUGUACUAAAAGUCACCCGCCACUGUGUAUAAAUUCCCAAUAUAUACUACUCCGUUUACCGGUGGGCGUAGCUCAACUGGUAGCAAGGGAGUGCCACAAGGGUUAGGUCUCGGGUUUCUGCAAGUACCGGAGACGGAGCCCCACUCUCUAUCUGUCAGGUUGUGAUUAUAGUCCAACUUACAUCCUCCCAUCGUGCUGUUCGGUCGAUAUUGGGGGCCCUCAGAAAUGGGGUAUCAUCCUUUUUUUUUCAAUAUAUACUACUCCGCAAUAAGUCACCCGCCACUGUGAACAAUCAAUUUGAUUGUAAAAUCUUUGUUGGACCUCAUGGAUUACACAGCCAUUACCCCAUUUCUACUCUACCUUCCUCUCCUCUUCCCUCUGUAUCUCAUCUCUAAACACUUCCACCGGAAAUUCAAGAACUACCCGCCGGCCCCGUUCCUCGUCCUCCCCGUCAUCGGCCAUCUCUACCUUCUAAAGAAGCCUCUCCACAAAACCUUAACCAACAUUUCCAAGCGCUACGGACCGGUCGUCCUACUCGACUUCGGCUCCCGGAAAGUCCUCUCUGUCUCCUCUCCUUCCGCGGUGGAGGAAUGUCUGUCCAGAAACGACGUAGUUUUCGCGAAUCGCCCCCGCCUCAUGGUCGGGAAGUAUGUAGGGCUCAACUACACAGCCCUAGUCUGGACAUCCUACGGCGACCACUGGCGGAAUAUCCACAAAAUCCUCGGCGCCGAGGUCUUGUCGAAUACCCGCCUCCAUUCGUCCCCCGAAAUUCGAUCAGAUGAGGUGAAAUCCAUGAUUAGAAAGCUAGACUCGUAUUCAAAAGCGGAUUCUCCUGCUGACAUGAAGGCCGUGUUUUGCAAUCUCAUGUCGAACAUUAUGAUGAGGAUAGUCACCGGAAAAGGUUAUACCGGCGACGAUAAGGAAGUGGCUGGUCGAUUCAGGGAGAUCGUAAGGGAGGUUUUCCUGCUAAGUGAGGCCACAAAUGUCGGAGACUAUGUGCCAUCUUUGAGUUGGCUAUCCGUGAAAUUGGAGAAGAGCUUGCAACAGGUGCAGCUCCGAAAAGAUUCAUUCACAGAGGAUCUGAUUACAGAGUGCCGGGAAAGGAUGGUUAACGGCGGCGGCAGCGGGGAGAAGAAAUCGUUGGUUGAAGUGCUCUUGACACGGCAGGCAGAGGACCCCGAGUGUUACACGGAUGAAAUGAUCAGAGGUCUCGUGGAGGUUGUCUUAGGAGCAGGAACAGACACAUCAAUUGCAACAAUAGAAUGGACACUCUCACUACUCUUGAACCACCAACAAGUCCUAAAGAAGGCGCAAAAGGAAAUUGAUGACCAUGUGGGACACGCGAGGCUAAUUGAAGAAUCAGAUAUGGCAAAACUCCCCUAUUUGAAUUGCAUAAUGAAGGAAUCAAUGAGAAUGUACCCUCCUGCCCCUUUGGCAAUCCCACACGAGUCCUCCGAAGAGUGCACCAUAGCAGGCUAUUGCAUCCCGAAAGGGACAAUGCUUUUGCUCAACUUGUAUUCCAUCCAAAGAGACCCCAAAUAUUGGGAUGAGCCGGAAAGGUUCAAACCAGAAAGAUAUGAAGGCUUAGAAGGAGUUACUGGUGCUAAAGACCAUGGGUAUAAAUGGAUGCCAUUCGGGUCUGGUAGGAGACGUUGUCCGGGAGAAACGCUAGCAUGGCGUGUGAUUGGGUUGUCAUUGGCGUCAGUUAUCCAAUGCUUUGAUUGGGAAAGAUUUGAAGGCGAAUUGGUAGAUAUGAGUGAAGGAAUUGGUUUGACUCUGCCCAAAGCAUUGCCUUUGAUCGCUAAGUGCAAGGCGCGGCCUUUUGUCACCAACCUUCUUUCCACUUAUUCAACAACAUGAUUUUCUGUGUUUUUGUUGUUGUAGUGUAAACAUUAGUUUCAUUUAUUAUUACUCAUUUACUCAAAUAACGCUAUCAACUCGAAUUAGGAUCCGGUAGAGUUGCCCCAUUAUGGUGUUACUACUGACAAUAUUCUGAAUCAAUUAAUUAAAGUAUCCCAAUUAUUUUAUUAUACUUGCACC